AUGAUUUGUAUUUUUUUUUCCAGAAAGAAAUCUGAACUAGAUGAACACGACAGUUUCUUGGUGUUCACACGUUAUGAUGACCUCAGCACGUUUAGCCUGGUGGACGCUGUAUCUGACACUCUGGGAGUGCCGGUUGAGAAGGUUCUAGAGAUCUUCGGAGAGUUCUUUUUUGAUUAUUGCCUACGUCAUGGCUACGACAAGAUGUUACGGACACUCGGAAGCGACAUGAAAAGUUUUAUUCAGAAUCUGGAUUCCCUACACUCUCUGUUGGCUCUCAGUUACAAAGGGAUAUCAGCACCCUCUUUCAGGUGUGAGGACGGACCGGAUGGAGAGUUAAUACUGCACUAUUAUAGCGGUCGGCCCGGACUGUACCCAAUUGUUAAGGGCGUCCUGAAAGCGGUAGCGCGAGACCUGUUCGAGCAGUCCGUAGAAAUGACCGUCAUUGAGCAGAAUUUAGAAGACAUUGGCUGCAAUCAGACACAAGAACAUACAGCUUUCAGCCUGAAAACACUCACAGAGUUUCACCCAGACAAGGUCCUCUUGAAGGCUUCGGAGUUUUGUUCAGCCUUUCCGUAUCACAUUAUCUUCGACAGAGAGCUCAGAAUAAAGCAAUGUGGUGACCUGGUACAGAAACACUCCAGUUUCACCCUGACAGACGGCAUGUUACUGACCAGUGCCUUUAGUAUUGUGCAUCCAAAAAUGGUGGUCAGCAUCGAAAAUAUUCGGAAAUUUAUCAACGCAGUCUUUUUGUUGGCUAUCUGCCAGAAUGACAAUGGAAAGAAAACGUUUUUGUUGAAAGGACAGAUGAUAUGGCUUAGAGAAUCUGAACACAUGAUUUUCAUUGGCUCCCCUCGUCUGACGUCACUAAACGAACUCCUGGAGAUGAAUGUGUACCUGGCCGACAUCCCUCUCUACGACGUCACACGGGAGCUGGUUCUACUGAACCAGCAGAGGAUAGCAGAGAUCGACAUAGCGAAACGCCUUGAUGAAACUACAGCUGAGUUGAAAAAAAUAUCGCAAGCCCUAGAAGUUGAAAAGUCAAAAACAGAAAGUUUACUUCAUCAGAUGUUGCCCAGAAAUGUGGCCAACGCGCUGACCAACGGAAAGAAAGUCGAAGCAGAGAAAUUCGACCAGGUUACAGUUCUGUUCAGCGACAUCGUGACAUUUACAAACAUCGCCUCGGCCUGCAAUCCCAUGGACAUUGUUAACUUGCUAAACGACAUGUACCAACGCUUCGAUGAAAGGACGUCCCAGCACAACGUCUACAAGGUGGAAACAAUUGGAGAUGCCUAUAUGAUCGUCAGCGGUGUUCCUGAGAAAACAGACAAUCAUGCACAGCCAGUGGCUAACUUCGCCUUGGACAUGAUAGAAGAUGCUGGUCUGGUUCGAUCCCCUGCCACAGGUUUGCCCCUGCAGAUCAGAGUGGGUAUACAUACAGGACCGGUUGUGGCUGGGGUGGUGGGUGUAAAGAUGCCUCGGUAUUGUCUAUUCGGGGAUACAGUCAACACGGCCUCACGCAUGGAGUCUCACGGAGUCCCUGGCAGAAUACACCUUAGUCCUACAACGUACCAGGCUUUGCGAGGUUGGGGCUAUAUAUUCAAACACAGGGGUGAGAUGGAGAUCAAGGGCAAGGGCAUGAUGAGCACCUACUUUCUGUGCGGUCACCUCAAUCGCUGUCUGACUGAGCCUCAGGACGAGUUUACUGAGCUAGAGGUUCACAGAGAUACAGCUGCCAAGACGAGCUGUUUAGAUAAUUCAAGUCUUUCACAUGAAAUCCUCAGCAACGAAACAAUACUCGCUGAUACAACCAGCUGUGCGUCCAAUGUUAGCAAAUUUCUUUAUACUUAUAAUAAUGCCGACACUGACAAUGACACCUACAGCAAAGGUUAUGAGAAAGUAACAAGUCAUCAUUUAAAUUCCAUAUCAGAAAGUAAUGAUGCAAGUAAAAGCACGGAAAACCAUAAUACAUGCAGCAGCUCAGACAGUCUUCCAAGCUUAGACAAUUACCAAAGGCGUGUCUCUAUAAAAAGGAGCAAUCUAUGGUUGCCAAAUGAUAACCCUAUACUGCCAUGUAACGUACCUUUUCUCGAUAGCAAUUGUAAACCUGCAGGAAACAUGGAAGAGGUAGCCAGUUCCCUGUCGCGGCCGCAAGAAAGACAAAUACCGCACACCGAACACUGUGUGGUCAAUGAUGAUUUUACACAGUCAGAGGAUGGUGAAAGCAGUUGUUAUAGAAGUCAACGUGUAUUGAUCCCCUGCGCCUUAACUGUCGGAGAGAUAAACAGACCACAUAAUUUGACUCUACAUAAUAAACACUGCCCUAAGACUGACACGUCGACAGAAAUCUGCGAUUUGACAGUUGAGACCACCAAUAUAAGACCGUCUGGAUCACACAGCCGCAACAGCCAAAAUACGUUGGAUAUUCAAAUAUUGCAUAGUGGUCUAAUUCACACAUCUUUGACAGUAACUCCAACGUUGCCUCAAUCGUCCCAUCAUUGUGUCGCUAUGUCAAAAAGUGAAACUUUUCCUUUGGCAUCUUCCGGUCAGCCGAAAUCUACAUGCACACCAUCAAGGUCACAAGGAACUUUGGCACUUCGCAAGGACCCUACAGGCAAGAAGGCCAAGAAACACAACAGUAAGCUCUGCACUGUGGGAUAA